AUGGCUGAGGAAACGGGAGGCUCCUCCAGCUCUAACACAAUGAUCCCGCAUGAUCCUCGACAAAAUGGCGAACGUUUGGCGCGCAGGGUAACCUUGCUGUUGACGCUGCCGCCGUUGCCGGCAGACGGCCGAGCCGGGGCACAGAGCCAGGACCUAAUCGACGCGAUUCAGAGUGGCGUGGCUGUCGGACGACGUGAGAGGUUCCAGAACGCCGGCGUGGCAGAGCGCAUGGAUCGCCUCAAAGGUCCAAUGGCGGUCGUAGCGGUGGGGGAUGUUUGGGAAGAUUGGUUCCGAGAUCGUGCGCUGCUGGCGCGACAGUGGGACGCGCCGGCACACCGCUUCAAAUUUGGUGGAGAAACCAUGAGCCAAAGCUACAAGUUGGACUGGGAUGAGGUUUAA